AUGACCGAAGAAGAACUUAAAGUAUUAAUAGCUCGUAGAGGUUUAAUAAAAGGUAAAGUAACGCGAAUCAAAUCUUAUGUAGAAAAAUUCACCGCAAGCGAUAAUACUCGUACGUAUCAAAUUAGGUCUAGAUUAUUAAAUUUGCGCGAAGCCUUUAGAGAAUUUGAUAAUAUUCAAAAUCAGAUAGAAUUAAUUGAGUCUAGCGAAAGACAAAACAAAGAGCGUGAUGAGUUCGAAACCACCUAUUAUGAUUUAGAGGCACACAUGCAGCUUUUGAUCGACGAUGGAUCAACGAUCCCACCGUCAACCAGUAGUUCAGGUAGUAGUGAUACCACUAAUCAAUCGCGAGUAAUUAACCCGGUAAGGUUGCCCACAUUGGAAUUGCCGUCGUUUACGGGGAAUUAUUUGCAGUGGACCCCAUUUUCAGACACCUUUAAAUCGUUGAUUCACGAAAGUCAGUUGUACAGUGAUAUCGAAAAGUUUCAUUAUUUAAAAUCAUGUUUAAAAGGCGAUGCUCAUAAAACUGUUGAAAUGCUUAGCGUAUCAGCUUCAAACUAUAAGGUCGCGUGGGAAUUGUUAGAAAAACGGUUCAAUAAUCAGCGGUUAAUUAUUCAAGAGCACGUGGUAGCUAUUUUGAAUACUCCACAAAUAAUUAAAAACUCAGCCUCUUCAUUGCGCAAAUUGUUAGACACCGUUAAAGUAAACAUGGAAGCACUAAAGGUGCUUCAGCAAGAUACCGAAAAGUGUGAUAUAUUUGUUGUUCCCAUUGUAGUGUCAAAAUUUGAUUUUCUUACAAAAAGGGAGUGGGAAUCAGGUUUAUCAAAUCAGGUACCGUCAUUGAAGGAACUGCUAGAGUUUUUAGAAAAACGAACCUUACUGUUAGAAUCGUUAAAUUCACAUGACAUGGCAAAUCAUAAAGUUCAAAAUACCUCGAAUUUUCAUAAGCAUUUCGCGAAAUCAAAUAACAACGUUACUAAAACUACUGCAUGCAACACAGGUCUAAGCAAUGAUAAUAAGGAUACGUUAAAAUGUUUUUUGUGUCAGCAAUCUCAUACGUUAUACCAUUGUUACAAAUUUCUUGCAUUGCCCAUAAUGGAAAGAUUAAAUAAGGUCAGAUUAUUAAAGCUUUGUCAGAACUGUUUUAGAAGAAACCACACAGUCGAUAAAUGCAAGGCAAGUUUAUGCAAAUUUUGCAAUGAGAGGCAUAAUUCUUUAUUACAUAUUGAUUAUCCCGCUACAACUAGCGAUAAUAACUCCAACAGUCAUUCGGUUGUUUCACAUUCAAUGAGUAAGGAAUCCAGUACUCAGGCCUUAUUGUCAACAGCGAUUGUACUAGUUUCAAGUGCAAAAAACACUUGGGUAAAAUUGCGAGCUCUACUCGAUGUGGGAUCCCAACACAAUUUUAUAUCUGAAAAGGCGGUAAAACUUUUAGGGCUUGAAACUAAGAAAACUGAUUGGGUCAUCAAUGGCAUUGGCGAUUGUCAAGGUAGAAGUCGUGAUGCAUGCGAAAUUAUCGUUAAAUCUGUUUAUGAUGAUUCGCCAAACUAUGAAGUACAAUGUUUAGUUUUGCGUAAAAUUACUAAUAAUUUGCCAUUAAUCUCUUUGGAGAAAUGCCAUUUAGAAAUUCCGUCUAAUUUAAACCUGGCCGAUGUAGAAUUUUUCAAAACGGGUGAAAUAGAUCUUUUAUUAGGAGUAGGCAUUUUUUGGAAAAUAAUGAAAAUGGGCCAAAUAAAAACAACAAAUGGUUCCCUACACUUCCAAGAAUCUUCGCUUGGCUGGUUGGCAGGCGGCGAUGUUCAAUGUCAUAAUCCUUUACCCUUCUCGGUAUGCCAUUUGUCUCUUAAUUCAAUAGACCGACAAAUUAAAAGGUUUUGGGAAAUUGAGGAAUGGCCUGCCAACGCAAAUAUUCCUUUCUCCGAAGAAGAGCGGAAAUGUGAACAACACUUUAUGAGUACCUAUAAACGAAAUGUAGACGGGCGGUUUAUCCUAAAAUUACCUUUCAAGGCGUCGUCCGAAAGAUUAGGAACAUCUGCAGAGGUAGCCAUAAAACGAUUUGCGGCACUUGAAAGAAAGUUUAUUAACGACCCUCUUUUAAAAGAGCGUUACAGGUCAUUUAUGGAAGAGUAUGAACAGUUAAAACACAUGGAACCAAUACCAUUAGCAUCAAUAACUGAUUCAAAUUGUUUUUAUUUACCUCAUCACGCAGUGGUUCGCGAAACUCGGGAAUCUGUCAAAAUCCGAGUCGUAUUCGAUGCCAGUUGUAAAUCAUCGAGUAAUAUCAGUCUGAAUGAUAUACUAGCGGUGGGCCCAAAAAUACAGGAUGACCUAAUUUCCAUAUUGCUAAGAUUUAGAUUCCACAGGUACGUAAUUUCGAGCGACAUUAACAAAAUGUAUAGACAAAUAUUAAUAGCUCCGGAAGAUAGACAAUUUCAAAGAAUAGUAUGGCGUGAGGACGCACAUAAGCCGUUACGCGUCUUUCAGUUAAAUACAGUGACUUAUGGCACCGCUUCGGCGCCAUUUCUUGCGGUACGCUGUUUGCAACAGUUAGCCGAUGAAAAUCGUGAAAUAUACCCUAAGGUUUAUCCAGUAAUAGUACACGAUUUUUACAUGGACGAUGUACUCACGGGGGCCGACACAAUAGAAGAAGUUGUGAAAAUUCGAGAUCAAUUAAUACAGGUAUUAACAAGCGGGGGUUUUGAACUAAGGAAAUGGGCGUCGAACAACUCAAAUAUUUUACCUGAUGAUAUUUCCCUGAAUACUUCGGAUACAAACGGUCAAAACAAUGAUUUUAUCAGUUUUGAUAAAGAGGGGGAGUCAAAAACUUUGGGUCUUUAUUGGAAUUGUAAACAGGAUUCGUUAAGGUAUAACAUCAAUUGUGAUUAUAGGUCGCAUGAAAACUUCACAAAACGAAAAAUACUAUCAAUUGUCUCCAAAAUAUUCGAUCCUUUAAACCUGGUUGGCCCAGUUUCUGUAAAGGCCAAGUUAAUUAUUCAAAAAUUAUGGGAGUUAAAAUUAGGGUGGGAUGAAACAAUUCCCUCUGAAACUAUGACUAUUUGGCUACAAUUAUUAAAAGAAUUACCUAUUUUAAAUAGUUGCUUAACUCAGCGUAGUGUAAUCGACAAAUACCCGUAUUGUCUUAUCGAAAUUCAUGGUUUUUGCGACGCUUCGCAACGUGCCUAUGGAGCCUCUCUCUAUGUACGUACCAUCGCCGCGGACGGUACGAUUUCGUGUAACUUGUUAUGCAGCAAAUCAAGGGUUGCACCAUUACGCACAAUAACCAUCCCGCGGCUCGAAUUAUGUGCAGCAUUAUUACUAUCGAGGCUGACGAAUACCGUGAUUAAAAAUUUAAGACUGUCAAUCAAUUCUGUUUUUUACUGGACAGAUUCUACUAUAGUACUGGCAUGGUUAGCAACCUCGCCAUCGACGCUGAAUACCUUUGUCGCUAAUCGAGUAAGCGAAAUCCAAAAUUUAUCCACUGUGGAUACAUGGCAACAUGUAAACACAAAGGAUAACCCAGCCGACAUAAUAUCGCGAGGAGCUUAUCCCAGUGAGCUUCUCAAGUGUGAUUUAUGGUUUCACGGACCGUAUUGGUUAAGGGAAUCGUCAGAAAAUUGGCCAAAACCGCACCUACAACCUACCGAAGUACCUGAAUUAAAGGGCGUUGCACUCAUAUCCGGAAACAAUUUUGAAGUUCCAAUUUUAACACGAUAUUCCUCCAUCUCAAAAUUAAAAAGAGUAAUGGCCAUGUGUUUAAGAUUUAUUCAUAAUUGUAGAAAUAAGCAUGACAGACGGACAGGUUCGUUGUCGCUGUUAGAAUUGACGCAAGCAUUUCUAGUCAUUUUGCAUCUUGUACAAGGUAUAGAGUUUCCACAAGAACUAAUUAAUCUAGGUACUAAAGGACAAGUGCGUUCUAAUAGCAAAUUAAAAACAUUAAAUCCAUUUCUGGAUAAAUCGGGAUUAAUCAGGGUAGGUGGCAGGCUGCGUAAUUCGAACAUUCAAUUUGAUCAAAAAUUUCCGAUUGUGCUUCCAAAACAUCAUAUAACGCGGUUAAUUAUAAAGGAAGAACACUUGAUACAACUACAUUCGGGACCAACAGCCACCUUAUCGGCAGUAAGACAAAGAUUUUGGCCACUCGCAGGUAAAGACCUGGUCCGUCAGGUAAUACACAAUUGUACCAUUUGCGCUAGAUUUAAGGCGAAACAGGUAACUCCAAUAAUGGGUGACCUACCAUCCGUGCGUAUUACUCCAGCCAGGCCAUUUUUAAAUAGCGGCCUAGAUUAUGCGGGACCUCUUAUCAUAAAAGAUGGUAAAACACGCAACAAAAAAACUCUCAAAGCUUACAUCGCGCUCUUUGUUUGUAUGUCGACUAAGGCUGUUCAUUUAGAAUUAGUUUCAGAGCUAACUACAGCAAAUUUUCUGGCGGCAUUAAAGCGAUUUGUGUCUCGUAGGGGCGUAGCAUCUAAUAUUUAUUCAGAUAAUGCUACUAAUUUUGUCGGGGCUCACAAUGAACUCCAAAUCAUGUUCAAGCAGCGUAAAGUUAGUAACGACAUAGAAACAUUUUUAGAAACCAAAAAUAUUAAAUGGCACUUCAUUCCUGCCCGGGCGCCUCACUUUGGAGGCAUUUGGGAAGCAGGAAUUAAAUCUGCUAAAUAUCAUUUAAAGCGAAUAGUUGGUCCCUCGGUUUUGACUUUUGAGGAGAUGUCUACUGUCUUGGCAUGUAUAGAGGCGUGCCUGAAUUCGCGCCCCUUGUGCCCGCUUUCGGCGGAUCCUAACGACUUGGACGUACUCACACCGGGCCAUUUUUUGAUCGGGUCACCCCUAACCUCGAUUCCGGAGCCAGACCUCAUUGACGUCAAGACCAAUCGGCUCACUCGCUGGCAACUCGUGGAGCAGAUGCGGCAACACUUUUGGAGGCGCUGGUCGAAGGAAUAUUUGAGUACCUUGCAGAAUCGGACCAAAUGGAGCCAACAAGGAUCUGCCAGGUUGAUGCCGGGAAGUCUGGUCCUGCUAAUGGACACCACAGCCCCACUCACGUGGAAGCGGGGCCGCGUCACCGAGCUACAUCCAGGGAAGGACGGCGUCACCAGGGUGGUCUCCGUCAGGGUGGACCACAAGAUCGUCAAACGUGCGGUGCGAACAUUGUGUGUGCUACCAUGUGCUCGGGAGUGA